CACCGAUGCUAUGGCUGUGGGCCUCGUGCGCGGUGUCUCGAUCUUCGUCCUCUCUCUCUCUGACCUUUCAUCGGUGGCCUCUUCUCGUUUUUCUCUGUCUCUCUCUGUCUUCAUUUCUCUUUAGCAUAUAUAACUCUCUAUCAUCUUUAUACUCUCGAGAAAACUGUCUCCUUCUUCUGCCACUCGCCUAAUCGCCCACCCGGCUCUUUUUCCUGCCCUUCAGAGACCCGUCUCCUCGCGCGACGCUUAGACCGCACCCAGAGAGAGAGAUAGACGUAUUAACCUCCGUAUCUUAUCCGGAACUCUAGCUCAAUUCACGCUCGCCCGGUAUUUCCUUUAGCUUUCUCCUUACAAUCAUGAAUCUGACUCAAGUGGGGCUUGUGCCAACAGCUGUAUAUUCAUCACCUAUUCUCUCGACCCACCUGUGCUUCCGUCUGAAACCUUCAGCUGAUACCUACCUGUCUUUUGGAACACAUCAUUUGCAUCGAAAUGGCCACUGCCCCUGCUCCCAAUAACCGUGCCGCCCUCCUCGCAGGUCUCCGCACAGGAGGUGUCCGCUCCGUCUCUGGCCCAGUCGGAAAUGUGCCGCAUACCGCUGCUCCAGCCGGCAUGUUCAACAUUCCUCGCUACUCUCCGCCUCUUCAUAGCGACGCUUUCCCUGACGAAGAAGAGGAGCUCGCCGAUAUGGUCUCGUCGAACCUGUAUGUCCAUAACAACGUGAACCACAUGCAGCAGCAUCCCAUGACCGCUGCCGUCGACGGCGCGGCCAAUCGCUUUUCUCAACAGCAGAUGAUGGGCAUGAAUAGUGGUAACUUUAUGGAUCCGCAGGUGCAAAUGCAGGCCUUGCAGCUGCAGAUGAUGCAAAUGGAGAUAGCGCGCCUGCAGGUACGUUGUGUUUAGUU